UGAAAGGAACCCACAUGACUCUUAAGAGCUAAGAAUUCAGAACGUCUUGCCGGUGGGUAAUAGAAGAAAUUGGACCUCGCGAAGCCGAAAGGAGAAAAGGAAGAUCGACAAGGCGACAUGGGGAAGGGGACGAAGCAAGCGGCCGUGGUGUUUGGAGCCCUAGCCGUCGGGUGGCUCGCCGUCGAGCUGGCCCUGAAGCCGCUCCUCGACUGGGCCCGCGCCGCCAUGGACAAGUCCGACCCGGCCCGCGAUCCCGACGACGGCGACGACUCCGGCGCCUCCGCCGCCGCCUCCUCUCCGGCGAAGCCUCCCGGGGCCACCGCCGACCUCUGAAUGGCAUAAGGAAUCUCUUCUUCUUCUGUCUUUUUAUGAAUUUCAAUAGCUUGCUCUCUUUUAGCGCUACCGGUUAGAGGUUAGCCAUCGGUAUCGAAAGGGGGGAAGAGGGGGAGUAAA